AUGUCGAGGAAGUUCUUCAAGACACGAUUCAGUCCCAUCAGACCAGAUGUCGGCUUCUACGAGACCUUCAAGUUGCUCUCGUCGGCCUCGGCCGAGCUUCUCUGGUGGCUCGGGGCUCCGGGGAAGUGGGCGGCCAACUUUGGGUUUCUGCUUCUGUUUGUCAUCGUCAUGCUCCCUGCGCUGCUCCCCGCCUUCAUCCGCUACUUGUGGAGUGCGGGAGUGCGCAAGAACCUCAUGUACGGCUCCUCCAUCCGGCACCAGCUCGACGUCUACCUCCCCUCCGAUCACAAGCGAGACCCCAGCAGAAGGCGACCUGUUGUCAUCUUCAUCUCGGGGGGGGCCUGGAUCAUCGGGUACAAGACAUGGGCAUUCCUGAUGGGGUUGGUGUUUCAGGAUAACGGAGUUGUCUUCGUGGCUCCUGAUUACAGGAACUUCCCCCCAGGCGGAGGAGACGCAAACAACGUGACCCUUAUGGGUCAGUCCGCUGGGGCUCAUCUUGCCGCCCUGUGCGUCAUCGAUGCGGCUGAGAAGGAGGCGGCGCUUGAGAAGCUCUGUGCCUCACACGGGCUGCCUGAGCUGGUGCAGCGGAAUGAAGCAGGAGCUCAUUCGUCCAUGGAAGGCAUGGCCUUCAGCUGCCGACAGCUCUCACGGUUCGUGGGUAUCUCAGGGCCUUACAACAUUCUCAAGCUCAUUCCUUUCAUGCAAGCUCGUGGGCUUCCUAAAAAUGUUCUCAACGCUCUUGUCGCCGGCGAUCCGCUCAAGCAGUCGCCUGCUUGUCGGGUCCUUGACCUCUCUCCUCACGCUGUUUCCUUCCUCCCCAAAGUUUCACUAUUCCAUGGCACCGCCGACGCCACCGUCCCUCAUGCUCAGACUGUCGAAUUCGCCAUGGCGCUCGAGAGGGCAGGCGGGCGAGUGGAGACGGUGAAACUUUACGAGGGCAAGAGCCACACGGAUCCCAUCCUAGAGGACCCUUGCAAGGGCUCAGACCCCCUCAUGCUUGAUCUGCUCAACCUCAUCACUGCUAAAGACUCCUCGACCUCCUCCCUCUCCUCCUCUCCUUCCUCCUCCUCCCUCUCCUCCUCCUCCUCCUCCUCCCUCUCUCCCAUCAUCCAACACCGACGACUUCACCCGCGAGUUAUCGCGGUCGCGAGGUGGCUGAAUCCCUUCUGA